AUGCCAAAAGAUCACCAAUUUGAUGCUUUGAUGGGGUUUAUUUUGAAAUUUAACACAACAGCAUUGUUUGAUGUUGGAGCCAUUUUGAAGGAUUAUUCCAACUCCAAGAUAGCACAAGACAUUUUGGCUUCAAAGAAAUACAAGUGUGUGGUCUAUUACGAUGACAAGCAAAAUGUGAUCGUUUAUCAAAUGGACACUGGCAGAGUUGGGAGGGAUUUGCCUGUAGAGGGCCAAUUCGAGUUCCUUGAAACCAAGUACGGGUUGAAAAACGAGGAUAUUUUCUUGUAUCUUGACCAGCCCCAUUGCUUUGGAACCAAUGUCGAUGUCAAAAAUCCAUCUGCAGUUUGCGUGGUUACUUUUUCGACGCUUGUGUACACAAAGAGCUUUUAUCAAGCACUCUUGAGAGCCAGAAAGCUGCUGAACGGAAUCUCGCAUGAGAAUCCGCUUACUCCUCCAAACGAUUCACGCCACCAAAUCAGGUUUUUUGUUUCUUCGUUUCUGAAAUAUGACCAAGCUAUGUUUUCAACAUUGAGUGAGGAUGAGAGGGAAACACUCUUAUCAAAAAUGACUCUUUUUCCAAAGAAUAUUACCGCUGAUAAAAAAGCUGCCUUGCAAAAGAUUUUUACCUCUGCGCAUUUGAACCAGUUAAGGAGGGAUCGCAAAGAGCGAAAUCUUUUGCCCUGGCAAGUAUUCUUUGCCAAGCUUUUGAUGAUAUUUUGGUCUCCCGCCUAUUCUGCAGACAGUUCAAUUCCCAACUGGGACAGGAUUCUCAGAGUAAAAGAUAAAGAGUCGAUUGAU